CUCCUCUCGUCCUUCCCUCUGACAAGCUACACUACCAGGCAGGAGUCCCCGGCAGCAAGGCGCGCAACACAACACUGACAGCUGCGACUGAACCAAGCGGGGAAAGAUGGAGCACAGAGACGCCGGCGUCAACAUAAUGUUAAUGACCGAUUCAUACAAGGUAACACAUUACAAACAGUACCCUCCCAACACGAGUAAAGUGUACUCCUACUUCGAGUGCCGUGAGAAGAGGACAGAUCCCACCAAAAGCAGAAAAGUCAAAUAUGACAAAACCGUCUUCUACGGCCUACAGUACAUCCUCCACAAAUACCUUAAAGGAAAGGUAGUGACUCCAGAGAAGAUCCAGGAGGCGAAGGAGGUAUACAGGGAACACUUCCAGGAUGAUGUUUUCAAUGAGAAGGGGUGGAAUUACAUUUUGGAGAAAUACGAUGGACACCUGCCAAUUGAAAUCAAGGCAGUGCCAGAGGGGAGUGUUAUUCCUCGAGGCAACGUUUUGUUCACAGUGGAGAGCACAGACCCUGAAUGCUACUGGCUCACCAACUGGGUGGAGACCAUUCUGGUCCAGAUCUGGUACCCCAUAACUGUGGCAACCAACUCCAGAGAGCAGAAGAAGAUCCUCGCCAAGUACCUCCUGGAGACUUCUGGGAACUUGGAGGGACUAGCAUACAAACUACAUGACUUUGGCUACAGGGGUGUCUCCUCACAAGAGACUGCGGGCAUUGGGGCCUCCGCCCAUCUGGUCAACUUCAAGGGCACAGACACUGUAGCUGGCAUAGGAGUUAUUAAGAAGUACUACGGCACCAAGGACCCUGUACCAGGCUUCUCAGUGCCUGCUGCAGAACACAGUACAAUCACAGCGUGGGGGAAGGACCAUGAAAAAGAUGCUUUUGAGCACAUCAUCACGCAGUUCCCCAACGUGCCUGUAUCCAUAGUCAGCGACAGCUACGACAUCUACAACGCCUGUGAGAAGAUCUGGGGAGAAGACCUACGGGGGCUGAUAGAGAAGCGCAGCGCCGAUGCCCCGCUGGUUGUCCGACCAGACUCAGGAAACCCUCUCGAUACGGUUUUGAAGGUUUUGGAGAUCCUGGGUAGGAAGUUUAUUCCAGUGGAAAACUCUAAAGGUUUUAAGGUUCUCCCUCCUUACAUCCGAGUCAUACAAGGAGACGGAGUUGAUAUCAACACACUGCAAGAGAUAGUGGAGGGAAUGAAGCAACACAAGUGGUCCAUUGAGAACAUUGCCUUUGGGUCCGGAGGUGCUCUGCUGCAGAAACUGACCAGAGAUCUGCUCAACUGCUCCUUCAAAUGCAGCUAUGUGGUCACUAAUGGACUGGGGGUGAACGUGUUCAAGGACCCAGUGGCGGACCCCAACAAAAGGUCAAAGAAAGGUCGCUUGUCUCUGCACCGGACACAGAGUGGAGACUUUGUCACCCUGGAGGAGGGAAAGGGCGACCUGGAGGAGUAUGGCGUGGACCUGCUGCACACAGUCUUUCAGAACGGGAAGAUUGUGAAGACCUACACAUUUGACGAAGUCAGAGACAAUGCCAAGCUUAAAGAGAGCGAGCUUGAAGAGCUGCUCCACUGAACGCAGCACAACUGAACCGCCACCCUCCACCCAAACCCCAAAACAACCCCACCCCCCUUUGUCUUUCACCUUUUGGCCUCCGGCGUCACCUCUGAAAAUGGAGGUAGCGUGCACUUCAGAUUCCACUCCCAAAGCCAAAAGUUUCCUUAAAACCUUAAAAUUAACAGAAAUUCACCCCUCAGUUCCAAAACCACUGUUUCUGAGGAAUUUGGAAACUCACAAACCUCUGAACGGCGAGCACCCCAUUAAUGUGUGAGGGGGAGGGAAGAGAAGAAAAUGACUGAGGGGUACUGUAAGCGACAGGAAUAACUAGACGUAUAUAAGGAGAGAAGUUGAGAUUGUGAUGAUAAAACGCGAUAAAACACUUCUGUGCACUGCUGCCACAGAAUUGGCAUGUUGCAGUGAUGAUUGUAGGUUUUUGAAUGGGCCCUUGGCGGCUGCAUGCGGAGUGAGCACACUGAGUCAGAGUGAGAACAGUCAUGACAGAAACAGACAGAGAAAUGAUAAGCCACACCCACACCAAUGACCGUGCCCCGUGUAUUGUGUACAGAACUGUGUAGAGAGAAAAAACAUGUCUAAAUCUACGUAGCUUUGUCUUUUAUGUGAAGGAAGGUAUAUAACGGUGCACCGAUAACAUUGACGGACAACAGUUAAUAUAUUGCUUUUAUUGGAAGCUCACAAACACCUAAACUAAAAUUAUGGGUGAUGAAGGAAUUCAUUUUCCCGUUUUCUUGCUUUUAAUAGGUAGUUAAGUACUACCUGAAUAUUUUGUACUCUUAUUCCGCCACAUAAAAUGUUAUUGGUGCAUCUCUGAAGGUUUAUAAAUGAUCAUCUACCUGCCGUUAUGUUGGCCCAAAGAGCAUUCACAUCAUGAAGGCCCAAUUUUAAUGUUUUUUGUUUGUUUGUUUACAUUACGUGUAAACAUUGGAUUAUAUUGCUCGAGCAUUUUUAAAGAAAUUUAUGAAAAUUGCUGAUUUUCCAUCAGUAUUGUCAGCGUUACCAGAGUCCUGAAGAAGCACCAAAUCUUUACAAAAUGAACUUGAUUAGAUUUAAGUCCAAAGUUUUGGAUUGGGUCUUCAGGGCGGCGAAUGCUCUCGAAACCAGCCUUUGUGUAAGAGUUGAUGUAAAAAACUAAAACUAACAAAAAAAACGUCACGGAAACCGUCUUCACUGGAAUGAAGAUGAUCUAACGUGAUCUAAUGUGUUCAUGAAAGAUUACAUAUGUGGCUCUGGGGCUGAAAUGUAUGUUUAAUGUGUGUGUGAUUGGAUUUGUUUUGUGUGUGUACUGACAUUUUCUUCCUUUUAAAGGAUUGUGUAGUAUUCCUUUAUGCAAAUGUACAUGUUGAUCGGGGGGAACAGAGAACACGCUUCAGUUUACUUUGCCAGCCUUUUGCUCUAAAAGAAGACACAGCGUUGUGACAAAACAGGUGGCGAUACAGUAGUGAGUGUGUUUUUCUUUUGGGCAAUGUACAAGAAGGCAGAGAAGUAAGACCCGUGAUCUAAAAACAUCUUUCUGACGGGAAUGUACCGGCCAUGCAUUGGCAUUUGGCGGUGCACAUUUGCAAACCAGCAAAACGUUGCUCUCAGUAUUGCUGCCCUAACUCUUGAAAAGCGGGAAAGCUUCAACAGCUGUGUUUCUGGUAAAUGUGCCCAGCAAUGGCACAUUGUACUCUUGUUUGGAUUCAUUGCCCAAGUAUAAAUGGGAUGUUGCUGCUGAUGCCUUUUUGAGAUAAUUAUCUUCCCAAUCCGAGCAUCUCAGUGUCACUUCUGUUUGCGGGUGUGUUUAGUCACACUGCUGAGCUGGCCCUUUCGGAGUGAAGGGAUAUUUUUUUGUCUCAGAGCUAGGAGGGAUUGUGUAGGUGCUAGGAGCAGGUGACAUCACAGGAAACAAAAAGGUUUGUGAAGACCAGAAGCUAAAUAUUUAGCCAUGGAUGGAUGGACUAUUGGAUAGAUUGUUAUGAAAUGUACAAUUCACAGGAUGAAUUGUAAAAACCUUGGUGAUCCAUUAACUUCUCAUCUAGCGCCAUCAUCAGGUCUAAAUUUGAAUAUGUCUAAUACUUUGGUUUUUUACCAAAUACAUGCAAAACUGAUUGCCACUCUCAUCAGCCUCAGCUGUAUUUUGUGUGUUUAGUGCUAAUUAGUAAAAUGUUAGCAUGCUAACACACUAAACUAAGAUGGCAAAUAUUAUAGCUGCUAAUCAUCAGCAUUGCUGUACAUGUUAGCGUGCUGACAUUAGCAUUUAGCUCAAAGUACAGCCUCACAGAGCUGCUAUCAUAGCUGUGGACUGCCUUGUUAAAACUUUUAUAAAACUCCAGGUAACAGUUUUAUUCAAUGUCUGCACACUUUUCAGACCCUCAGCUGCUUCACAUUCAUUGCUUCACAUGUUCUCACCUGGGAGCAGCCCACUGCUACCCAAUUGUUUGGCCCUGAGCAGCUUCACUUGAGCUAUUAGAGCUUCAGUGACCUUACCCCCGUUCCCUAUGGACCUCAGCUAGUUUUCUGUGAUUUCAGGAAAGACCUUGAAGAAACCUGUGAUGUCACUGACUUUUGGCUCAGACCAACCUGCUCAAACAGACAAGCUGGUAUACAUGCUAAAACAAUGUCACAGUGUUUUCUGUAUUUCCUUUGCUUUUUUUGCACCUGUCGCUACUGUUACCUGUAAAAUCAUUUAUUUUUUUCUGAAGAAAAAUACAGUUCUUCUUUACUUUCUCCAAGUAUGGGGUGCAUUUUAGUAUAACUCUGAUUUCAAUAUUUUGAUACUGUCUAAGUUCUUACCUCAGAGAAAUAUUAUUAUUUUGUAUGACAAAGGAGGAAAAAAAAUGCCAGAACUGUUGCAGUGAAUAUCCUUAUUCACAAAGGAUGCGGCCAUACUGCCUUCUCACUUGUACAUACAGCAACUAGUUUGACUAAGAGCAGAGAGGGCAUGCUAGAGAGACGACCACAGUAGAUAAUAUUAUUAUUUUUGUCAGAAUGAUCGUUUUUGUACCAACAGAAGAAUAUCCAAAACAGUUUGAAUUGGCAGUGUGACUGUUUUUUUUCUGACUGUCCGGCUUUUAGCUUCUGUGUGUGUGUGUGUGUGUGUGCCUUGUGUGAAUGCCUCGUGUAAUGGAUGAAAAAGUGUUUGUGAAUACUUUUUUUCCUUUCUGUUGUUGUUGUUUUACUCGUAUGUAUAUGUUGGUUGUCCCAAACUCUCUCCCAACACAACUGAUAUUUUAACUAAUAUAACUUGCUAUAUUGUCAACAAUACAUUGAUUAAAGAUGCCACCCUGUCAGUUUGAAAUAGUUGAUUUAUUGUGCCUACUUUUAUAUAGGAUUGAUUUAAAGUACUAUCUCACAAGUAUUGAUCUUUUCUGUUCAAAUGUCAUUAGCUGAACCCCACGUUGCCAGUUAAACAUCCUUCAGGGAGUUGGAAUUAUACACACUACAAACCCAAUUGACAUUUAGGUAACACUUUAAUUCAUGGAUCUGUAAUUUCCUAACAAUUUCCCAGGAAGUUCCUGGAAAGAGUUCUGUAAACAUAAAUAUGAUCUGCUCCAUUUACACCCAAGAAAAGAAUAAUUCAUUAUUCAGUAGGAAAAGUUAUUUUUCAUGUAUGAUGAAUUGUAUCUGUAGACAAAUGCUUACCUUUUUGCAUGUUCAGAUAACCAGCUGUGCACUGACUAAGAGUAACUCUAGAUUAAGCUAACAUUUUUAUUGAAAUGAAUAAAUUUCAGUAUACUGAUUUC